CUGCGGGGUAAAGGUGAGGUGUUUGUGUGGGGUUGGAAGUUCGUGAAUAAAUCCUUGUCACUCGGUCAAAACAUCAAAACAAGCAGCUACCAAAGCUUUUCAGCAAUGUGGACAGCAGAUGAAAUUGCCAGUAUGUGCUAUGCACAUUAUUCUACCAAGCUACCAAAGAAAGGUCUGCCAGCUCCUGGACGAGAAUGGACUCUACUUGCAGCUGUGGUAAAAGUUGAGGAGAAAUCAAACAUGCAGUCAAUCUGUAGCAGUGAGAGCAAUGAUGUACUCUUGGAAGUCGUUGCAAUGGGAACGGGAUCAAAAUGCAUUGGACAGACAAAAAUGAGUAAAAGUGGCGAUGUUGUUAAUGACAGCCAUGCAGAGGUGACUGCACGGCGUGGGUUCCUGAGGUACUUGUAUUAUCAACUUAAAGAGGCAUUCAAAAACAAAAAUAGCAUCUUCAUCUCAAGCAGCCAAAAAGCAAAAUGGAAACUGAAGCCUGGCAUUACCUUUGUGUUCUUUAUCAGCCAUACUCCAUGUGGUGAUGCUUCUAUCAUUCCAAUGAUAGAAAAUUACAACGAACCUUGUAUGAAAAUGAGAGCCAUGGGGAGUGAUGAGCAAAAUGUUAUCAAUGUUCAAGAUGAUAAAAAUAUUGAAGAUUCACAAUUACUAAAUUAUGAAGAGCACUUGCAGGGCAAAAGACAGAAUUGUGAUGCAAAUUCUGCAAUGAUUCCUGAAAAAAGGAUAAAAAGAGUUGAUGAAAAUGGAGACUUGCCUGGAAGUAGCAGUGUUUGUGAAAGCAAACCCAAUCAUCAGUCUGAAAAAGGAAGUAAUGAUAUCCAGAUCAACGAUAAUCAACUUUGUGAAGCAGAAAUAAUGUCCAAGAACAACCAUGAUACCACUCUAUCUCAAAGUGCAUUUACAUUGGAUACACAGAAAACCAAACAGAUGCAAAUUAAAGUUUCGGAUAUAUACCGAACUGGAGCUAAAUGUGUACCAGGUGGCCUUCAAGAUUCUCUUAAGCCUGGAGUUGAUUAUCAUUGCGUGGAAUCAUUGAGAGUGAAACCAGGAAGAGGCAGCAGAACAUUAUCAAUGUCAUGUAGUGAUAAAAUUGCCCGUUGGAAUGUUCUUGGUUGUCAAGGAGCACUUCUCAUGCACUUCUUUGAGGAGCCAGUGUAUUUCUCUUCUAUUGUAGUAGGACACUGUCCAUAUAGCAAUGAUGUCAUGAAGAGAGCUAUAAUAGAUAGGUGCCGUAACAUAACUUCACUUCCAAAGGAAUUCGGAAUUCAAGAUGUAAAGAUGCAACAGUCACAGUUGGAGUUUGCACACAGUCGCCAUUCAGCGCAAAGCAACUAUGAUCCCAGCAAAGGGAGACUUGUACCUUGUGCAGCAGCAAUAAGUUGGAGUGCUAUACCAGACCAACCACUAGAUGUCUCUGUAAAUGGCUAUAAACAAGGAGCCACAAAAAAGAUACUUGGAACCCCCCAAGCAAGGUGUAGAAUUUGCAAGGCUGAGCUCUUCGUGGUAUUCCAAGAACUUCUCACUUUUCUUUCUGAACAGAACUAUCCAGUAUCCCUUCGGAACAGUAAACUAAAAACUUACUGGGAAUUCAAGGAGGCUGCAACAAAUUACCAGAAAGCAUGGAAUGAAGUACAGAAGCAAGCAUUUGUAACCUGGAUUAGAACCCCAAGGGACUUCCUGCAAUUUCAUUAGAUCCCAAAGAACAAAGUAAUGUGAUAAAGGUAAUUGCCACUUCUGCCAUGUGGAUGUUUACAGCAGAUUUUUUUUUAAGUUUGUCUUUGAAAACUUGCUGUGGAUAAAAUAUUUAAGAGUAAUGUUUUUUAACUGUUAGCUUUUAAUUAAACUGAUCAUUGACUAUUCCUAAAUUGAAAUUGAAAGAGAAAUUUGUUAGCGUCCAACUCUAGUAAUUUAUCAGAGUUGUAUUAUUGGAAUUAUCUGAGCAUGGUAUUCAAUAGUUUGGAAUAGUAAUGCAAGUUAGACAUCUUUUAUAUUUUUAUUUGGUUAAGAAUCUAGUUCUUUGUAUAAUUUUCAGUUUAUUUCUUCCUCUGCUAGUAAUCCAUACUUGUCAGCUAACCUCUUUGGCCACAUUUGUAUUAAUAAACAAAAUAUUCCU